CGUAUAAUAUAUAUCUUCUUUUGUCCAGAAAAAGAAAUUCCAGUAACGAAAAGUACCAUUCUCUCUACAGAAAAACCCUGAUCUGUUUCCUCUCUCAUUCAUUCCAAGAUGUAUGGAUGUAUUUUAGGCUCUUGAGAGUUUGAAUUUGGUGAAUUGGUGAUGGAGGCUGUGUAAUUGCGGCGUUUGUGUUGAUCUGCGAGGGUGAGGAGACUGAGGGGAAGAAAACCAGUAUGUCGUCUCUGAGCAGAGAGCUCGUGUUUUUAAUUCUUCAGUUUCUUGAUGAGGAGAAAUUCAAAGAGACUGUUCACAGAUUGGAACAAGAGUCUGGAUUUUUCUUUAAUAUGCGAUAUUUUGAGGAAUUGGUGACAAAUGGAGACUGGGAUGAGGUGGAAAAGUAUCUAUCAGGCUUCGCGAAGGUUGAUGACAACAGAUAUUCAAUGAAAAUUUUCUUUGAAAUCCGAAAACAAAAGUAUCUUGAAGCCCUUGACAGGAAGGAUCGUGCUAAAGCUGUUGACAUUCUAGUAAAGGACUUGAAAGUGUUUUCAGCAUUUAAUGAAGACCUUUUUAAAGAGAUAACCCAACUCCUGACCCUUGAAAAUUUUAGAGACAAUGAGCAGUUAUCUAAAUAUGGUGAUCCGAAGUCUGCUAGGAGUAUAAUGCUUGGUGAACUGAAAAAACUGAUUGAAGCAAAUCCCCUGUUUCGUGACAAAUUAAACUUUCCCACCUUGAAGAACUCAAGAUUGCGAACUUUAAUUAAUCAGAGUUUGAAUUGGCAGCAUCAGCUCUGUAAGAACCCAAAGCCUAACCCUGACAUAAAGACAUUGUUUGUUGAUCAUUCUUGUGGGCAAUCGCAGCCAAAUGGUGCACGUGCACCAUCCCCUGUAACUAAUCCACUAAUGGGAGCUGUUCCUAAGCCUGGGGGGUUUCCACCAUUGGGUGCUCAUGGUCCCUUCCAGCCAGCACCAGCACCUCUCCAAACAUCUCUUGCAGGAUGGAUGGCUAAUCCAUCUCAGGUUCCUCAUCCCUCAGCUUCUGCUGGGCCUAUUGGCUUCACCCCACCAAGUAAUGCAGGCAUAUUAAAGCGUCCUAGGACUCCUACAAAUAAUCCUGCUGCAGACUAUCAAACAGCUGACUCUGAACAUGUGUUGAAGAGAUCAAGACCUUUUGGAAUAUCAGAUGAAGUUAACAAUAUGCCUGUCAACAUAUUGCCUAUUGGGUAUGCCAGUCAAAGUCAUGGGCAAAGCUCAUAUUCAUCUGAUGAUUUGCCUAAAGCUGUUGUUAUGACUCUGAACCCUGGCUCAGCAGUCAAGAGUAUGGAUUUUCAUCCUGUGCAACAGAUUUUGCUUCUUGUUGGGACAAGUGCGGGAGAGAUUAUGAUUUGGGAAUUAGGUAGCAAGGAGAGGCUUUCUCAUAGAAGUUUCAAGGUUUGGGAUCUUGCACAAUGUUCAGUCGCUUUGCAGGCUGCUAUGAAGAAUGACUACACUGCCUCAAUUAACCGCGUGUUGUGGAGUCCUGAUGGCCCUCUAUUUGGUAUUGCAUACUCCAAGCACAUUGUGCAGAUCUACUCCUACCAUGGUGGUGAUGAUCUAAGAAACCAUCUUGAGAUUGAAGCGCAUGCUGGAAGUGUCAAUGAUAUUGCUUUCUCCUAUCCCAACAAACAACUCUCUAUCAUUACUUGUGGGGAGGACAGACUUAUUAAGGUGUGGGAUGCAGUAACCGGUGCUAAACAGUAUACAUUUGAGGGUCAUGAAGCACCUGUUUAUUCUGUAUGUCCACAUCACAAAGAAAAUAUUCAGUUUAUAUUCUCACUGGCAGUUGAUGGAAAAAUAAAGGCAUGGUUGUAUGAUAACUUGGGUUCCAGAGUUGACUAUGAUGCACCAGGUCAUUCAUCAACCACUAUGGCUUACAGUACCGAUGGAACAAGGCUGUUCUCAUGUGGGACCAACAAAGAUGGGGAUUCAUAUCUUGUAGAAUGGAAUGAAAGUGAUGGAGCUGUUAAGCGAACAUAUGUUGGACUUGGAAAGUGUGCUGUGGGGAUUGUGCAGUUUGAUACCACUAAGAAUAGAUUUCUGGCAGCUGGUGACGAGUUCACUAUCAAAUUUUGGGAUAUGGACAAUGUGAACUUAUUGACAACAACUGAUGCAGACGGUGGACUACCGGCUUCUCCUUGUCUCCGAUUUAACAAGGAAGGAAUGCUGUUGGCUGUUUCUACUAGUGAGAAUGGCAUCAAAAUUUUGGCAAACGCAGAUGGUGCCAGGCUGUUGAGAACCAUGGAGAAUCGUACAUUUGAUGCUUCUAGAGCUUCCUCCGCUAUUGGGAAGCCUCCUGGACUAGGAAGUUUUGGUGCUCCUAGUGCCCCUGUUGGAUCAAGCAUUGUAGAUCGAGUAUCUCCAAUGGCAGCAAUUGUUGCAAUGAAUGGUGAGAGUCGAAAUUUGACAGAUGUGAAACCUCGAAUUACUGAUGAGCCAGCGGACAAAUCUAGAGUCUGGAAGCUCACUGAGAUUAGUGAAUCAUCACAGUGCCGCUCCUUGAAGCUUCCUGAUAAUUUGACUGCAUCAAGGAUUUCAAGGUUGAUAUAUACAAAUUCAGGACUUGCACUAUUGGCAUUAGCUGCAAAUGCUGUACACAAACUCUGGAAAUGGCCCAAGAAUGAGAGACAUCCUUCAGGAAAGGCGAAUGCUAGUAUUGCUCCUCAACUAUGGCAACCGCCAAGUGGAAUAUUGAUGACCAAUGAUAUCAGUGAUACAAAUCCAGAAGAUGCAGUUCCAUGCUUUGCACUGUCAAAGAAUGAUUCUUAUGUCAUGUCUGCUUCAGGAGGGAAAAUCUCAUUAUUUAAUAUGAUGACAUUUAAGACAAUGACGACAUUCAUGCCCCCUCCACCUGCGGCAACCUUUUUGGCAUUCCAUCCCCAAGAUAAUAACAUUAUUGCCAUUGGCAUGGAGGAUUCCUCAAUUCAAAUAUAUAAUGUCCGUGUUGAUGAGGUGAAAACCAAGCUCAAAGGCCAUCAGAAAAGAAUUACUGGUCUUGCUUUCUCUAAUGCUCUUAACGUGCUCGUAUCAUCAGGAGCUGAUUCUCAGUUGUGUGUUUGGAGCUCUGAUGCUUGGGAAAAACAAACAAGUAAAUACUUGCAGCUUCCAGUGGGGCGUGCAGCUGCUCCUCUGGCAGACACCCGGGUGCAAUUUCACCAAGAUCAGACUCAGUUGUUAGUAGUGCAUGAGACACAGAUAGCCAUAUAUGAAGCAUCCAAACUGGAAUGCCUAAAGCAGUGGGUACUUCGUGAAGCUAGUGCUCCAAUCACUCAUGCUAUAUAUUCAUGUGAUAGCCAGUCUAUAUAUGUUAGUUUUGAAGAUGGAGGUGUAGGUGUUCUUACUGCUUCAAACCUUAGAUGGAGAUGUCGGAUCAAUCCUACUUCUUACCUUCCUGCCAAUCCUAGUCCAAAGGUGUAUCCACUUGUAAUUGCAGCACAUCCAUCGGACCCUAAUCAGUUUGCAUUAGGUCUGAGUGAUGGUGGUGUGGUUGUGCUUGAGCCACUGGAGUCUGAAGGUAAGUGGGGAACCCUGCCCCUAGUUGAAAAUGGUGCUGGACCAAGUACUUCGGCAGUUGCCAGUUCAGAUCUACCCCAGAGGUAGCAAUUUUGUGCAAAAAUGUUGGUGAUUCUACUAACACAUGACACCAUGUGGUAUGGUCGGUAUUUGCUCAAUAGAGGGAGAAGGUUCGGUUCGGUUCUAGGUUAGGCAAAUAUAGUUGUAGGACAUCUUUAAGUCAGCCUUAGAAUUUAGGAGCUGCUUGAAUUAUGAUCAUGGUGCAUUGACAUUUCUUUCCAUUAGAAUGGGAUCAGAUAUUCUGGUCAUGGUGUAAAUUUCAUCAGGGAUCUUUAGCAAUGGUAGUUUUGUAGAGUUAUGAUGAAUUAUCUUGGAAAAAUGAUCCUCACCAAUCACCAUGCUUUUUUUAGUUCUCUUUUUGUAAAGCCUAUCUAAAGAAGUUGCUUUUUAUUCAGACAAUUUUUUGCAACGCCAACUUUUAUCUGUAUGAUGAAGAUCCUAAUAACUAUGGUAUGAUAAAGUUAUAGUUUUGAUUUCUU